AUGUAUGUGUUUUACAACCAUUUUGACUCCUAUCUGUCUGGGUUGGGUGUGCAACUCAUCAAUGACACCAUCGCUGCCUUUGUGAGUGGAGAGCAUGCCAGCAAGUGGAAGGCUGCAUUCAAUGACAGCAAGUUAAUAUGGGCGACCACUCAACUGACAAGUUGGUAUUGCCUGGUGCACAAGACCAAGAGGUCCUUUGCCCAGAUGUUCAACUCAGGGUACAUGUUGGUCAAUGACAUUUGGGAGAUUGAUCCACUCUUCCAUCAACACAAUUACAUGCUCAACAUGGACAAGGACAUUGUCCACUACUACAACCACCAGAACCUCAGCCAGUCAUGGCCCAUUGCAUCACUCUCAGCAAGAGAGAUGUUGGAUUUGGACAAGGACUUAUAG